AUGGAUUCAUAUCUUAAUGAGAGUCAUAUUGAUGAAAAUUCACCACUAUAUUUCUCUUCACCAGCACAAACAAACCACAUAGAGUGGACUUUUGAGGAGAACAAGUUGUUUGAAAACGCGAUUGCUGAGUGCAAACUUGAUUCUCCAGACUUAUUUCAAACAAUUGCUUCAAAGGUUCCUGGAAAAACAAUUCAACAGAUCAAAGAACACUAUGAAGCUCUUGUUGAGGAUAUCGAGAUGAUUGAAUCGGGUUGUGUUCCAUUGCCAGAUUAUAAAACCACCAACAAUGAUAGGGACCUGAGUGUUUCUACUCAUCAGCAAAGGAGGAAAGGAGUUCCUUGGACUAAGGAAGAACAUGAGAAAUUUCUUCUUGGUUUAGACAUGUUUGGUAAAGGGGAUUGGAGAAGCAUUUCGAGGAAUUGUGUAUUGUCUAAGACCCCAACACAAGUUGCAAGCCAUGCACAGAAGUACUUCAUCCGCCUCGAAAAGUCAUCGGCCGCCUCAAAAAGCGCCACAUCCACGGCCAUGGCCACCUUACAUUCCGAUCAUUGA